AUGCAGACUGCUUCUACAAACAUUUAUAAAAGACUGUGCAAUAAGUCCAUCUGUGAAAUUUCCUUGCUACUAAAUAUUCCACGGUCAACUGUUAGUGGUAUUAUAACAAAGUGGAAGCAGCUGGGAACAACAGCAACUCAGCUAUGGUAGUAGGCCAUGUAAAAUGACAGCGGGGUCAGUGCAUGCUGAAGCGCACAGUGCGCACAAGUUGCCAACUGCCUGCAGAAUCAAUAGCUAAAGACCUCCAAACUUCAUGUAGCCUUCAUAUUAGCACAACAACAGUGUGUAGAGAGCUUCAUGGAAUGGGUUUCCAUGGCUGAGCAGCUGCAUCCAAG